CUCUGCGACGCAUGCAUGAAGAAGUAGGCGCUAGCCACUUUUGCCGGGUGUCCACUUCUUCUUCAGCUAUGGUCGUACGAGCAUUUCGCCAUAGGUAGGCUGGUGGUGGAUCGCUCCCCGUACCCAGAGGAGUGGUACGGUGAGAUGGAAGAGGACGCGCCGACAAUGGCCUCGCUGUGGUGUCGUCGACGGGUACGUAAUUUACAUUAACAGUUUCGUUCGUACUAUGUUACUCUCUAAAUAUCUGUAUUGAUGUUUGUCACUCAGCCACACUGGGCCCACGAGCAGCCUCGUAGCGCGUACGAGCAUUUUCGUACCCAGUUUGACAGGCUACGUCCUAACGAUGUGGUAUGGGAGCCAUACAACGUUCGGGCCGUUCAUACACGUGCAGGGUCGGGAUUGUCACCCUUGUGCACCCGUGACGAGGAGUACUGGCUCACCAAGGCGCCCCUUGUCUUCGACAUCUACGUCGAAGAGUACUCACCGCAGCGCGUCAUGCGGCAGUUUGGCCGUCACCAGGCAUUCCCGCUCGUCCCCAUCCGUAUAGUCCCCUUGCACGUCCACAGGUACACGUGGAAAGGCCAGCCAGCUGGCCACCUCUGGGCGGACCGCUUGGCCCCUUACGUGGCAACAUGGGCCCAAGCGCUACAGGACGUCGUUGAUGAGGCGCGUCCCCACACCGAGGGAAACUUUAUGGAGUACCUACGGUAG